AAGCCAACUUGCAGAGUGCAGCUCAGCCUCGGCAGCGGCUGCUUCCUGUACUGGGGGUCUUUUCGGAGAGCAUUGCGCUCCAAUGUGCGCCGCUGUGCCCGCUGGAUGUUGAAACCUCGCCCGGAGCCACCAUGUCCAACUCAACGCAAGACCCCUUCUACUCUUCUCCUUUCGGACCCUUCUACAGGAGACACGCGCCCUACAUGGUCCAGCCCGAGUAUCGGAUCUACGAGAUGAACAAGCGGCUGCAGGCGCGCACAGAGGAAAGUGACAGUUUGUGGUGGGACGCCUUCGCUACAGAGUUUUUUGAAGAAGACGCCACCCUAACGCUAUCGUUCUGCCUCGAGGAUGGACCAAAGAGAUACACGAUCGGCCGGACGCUGAUCCCCCGUUAUUUCAGCACGGUGUUCGAGGGGGGGGUGACGGAGCUGCACUACAUACUCAAACACUCCAAGGAGUCCUUCCACAACUCCUGCAUCACGCUGGACUGCGAUCAGUGCACCAUGGUCACGCAGCACGGGAAGCCAAUGUUUACAAAGGUCUGUACGGAGGGCCGUUUGAUACUGGAGUUCGCCUUCGAUGAUCUGAUGAGGAUCAAGACGUGGCACUUCACCAUCCGGCAGUACCGAGAGCUCAUCCCCCGCAGCAUCCUGGCCAUGCACGCACAAGACCCUCAGGUGAUGGAACAGCUGUCCAAAAACAUCACUCGCAUGGGCCUGACCAACUUCACUCUCAACUACCUCAGGCAGUUGUGUGUCAUCCUGGAGCCAAUGCAGGAGCUCAUGUCGAGGCACAAGACGUACAACCUCAGCCCCCGCGACUGUCUCAAGACCUGCCUCUUCCAAAAAUGGCAGAGAAUGGUCGCCCCACCAGCUGGACACCCACAGAACUUCAAAACGGAAAUAUUUCCCACAAAUCCCAAAAAAGGUCGCGCCAAAGCUGAGCCGGCCCGACAGACCACCACGAAGAGGAGGAAACGGAAGAACUCGGCCAGCAGCGCCAACAGCGCCGGCACCACGGCCAGCAAGAAGCGCAGCCCGGCCACCAACUUCAGCCUCUCCAGUCAGGUACCUGACGUGAUGGUGGUGGGCGAGCCGACCCUGAUGGGCGGCGAGUUCGGGGACGAGGACGAGCGUCUGAUCACCCGUCUGGAGAACACGCAGUACGACGCCACCAACGGCCUGGACGACGAGGACGACUUCAACGGCUCCCCGUCUCUGGGAAACAACUGGAGCAGCAAGCCGUCCUCCGGCCAGGACAGCAAGCCGGAGAGCACGGCGCCUCAGCCCUCGCAGUAAAAACAAAAGAAGAAGACCCUGACUCCGUGUGGACUGGACUUUUUAACCUCCCCCUUCCCCCCCCGAGGGCCUCAUAACAUUGUACUGAAUCAGAAAAACUCACCACUGGCCGAAAAUAUUCUGGAUAUUUUCUUCUUCUCUGAAUCACUGAAACAUCUUGGAGAACUGGCACAGCAAUAUCCCGAGAGACAACAAAUGCAUAUGAGUCGUAUGCACCUGUAAUGUAAAAAAAAAAACAAGGCGUGGGUGGGGGGUUUUUUGGGGGGGAAAUUGUGGAUCAAAUGCUCCCUCAGUGAAAGCUCUGGUCUGGUGGAUCGCACAGCUGUGAUUGGUUGACCUGCAGGUCACAAGUCAUCAUGCUGACAGUAGGCAGAGGGGAGGAAAGAAGAAGAAUAAAAACAACAAACAAAAUGUCAAGGCAACGGAGGGAAGCGUUUUUAACAGAGCUGGUGGAACCACAUUGGAGACAAAUGAAGCAUUGUUUGAGGCAAUUGCAUUUUUAUUGGAAAUCCAGUCGGCGGUUGGUUCGUUUCUGCUGUUGCUGUUUAUUUCCAUUUCCAAUUAAGUGGGAAUAAAAGUUCUCUACCGCUAUGGACUCCAUUCAAACGACGGGAAAUCGUGUCCUAGGAUAUUUUUUUCCACAUUACCGCGGUUGUCACAGAUUGUGAUUUCAUGAAAACCAGUUUGAUUGUGUUCGUAGUCUAUUGGUAUUUUGCUUCUCUCAGAAUCCUUUGCAGUCACGUUGUAAUUUUUGCCGGUCAGUAUGUGAACUUUGCUGACACGGAUUAAUGUUUUUUUCCCCCUCUCCUUUCCAAAAAUGUGACUUCUUUCCCUUUAACGACCUACUCCCAAACUGAUACUAAAGCCUUUUUCCUGCAUGAUUUUAUAGGAUUUUUAUUUCGUUUGAUAUAUGUACUUUUUAAAAAAACACAUCAAGUCUGAUUUUCCUUUUGGGUUCAUCAGUUUGGGAACACUGUUACAAGGUUUGUAGCUCUGUAAAUAGAGGUGGAGGCUAUUUUGUCCACUGUAAAUCAGCCACUGAAACCAGUUUGGAUAUGGCAGCUGUUUUGUUUUUCGCAGGAGGAUCAGAUUUCUGUCGGGUGGUUUGGAUGGACGCUGGUUUGCUUCGCUCAAAAAACAAAACCCUCUGAUGUCUCCCAUCUUCUCUAGCUAGUGCACAACCAAAGCCACAACGUUAAGUCACAUUUCUUGUAUAUUCUGUGACAAAAGAACAAAACAAUUUUACAUUUUGAGAAACAAAGCACAGACAAAAUCCCAUCCACCCCACAGAAAAUGUUUGAUAUCCCCGUCUUUGCGCUCACAAUUGUUCUUUAAUCUUUAAUUGAAUUGAUAAUAUAUCCCUGAUCUGAGUCAGCGACAUUAUGUCUUUCUACAAUUGGAUCUUAUGGGUAUUUAUUUGUGCAUUUGUAAGGAAGCUAACACAUUUCUAAAUAUGUUUGAGCCUAGUAUUAUUAGACACCAUUUGUACAUUAUAUAGCAGAGGUGUUCAGUGUCAUAUCUGAUGUCUGGUAUGUAUGCUUUACCAUUAUGUGUGCCAAUAAACCGUGCUUACAAAAGAA